AUGAGCACCAAGGAUAAGAAGGCCGAUACUACAGAGACCUCGAGUGAGGUCGCUACCGGUAACAUGGCAACUCUGUCUCACAAAAUAUGUUACACACGAUACAAUUCUCCAUUCUGGCAGGUGGUAAUCGUCAGUUUCGUCGCGUUUGGCUGCCCGGGGAUGUAUAACGCAUUAUCUGGCAUUGGAGGAGGCGGCCAACUCGACACAACGACUGCCGCCAAAGGUCAUAUUGCUCUCUCAUCAGUCAGCGCAGUCGGAAAUCUUUUUGUUGCGCCAGCUUUGACGAAUCUGUUGGGUCCAAAAUGGACCAUACUUAUCGGUGGUCUGCCCUACGUGCUUUAUGCUGGCUCGCUGUUGGCCUACACCCACACAGGAAAUCAGGGGUUUGUUAUCGGCAGCAGCGCUUUAUUGGGUAUCGGGGCAUCCCUACUUUGGAUCUCACAGGGCGCAAUCAUGACUGGAUAUCCGCUACCUCAACAACAGGGAAGAAUGAUUGGUGUUUUCUGGAUCAUUUUCAAUCUUGGGGGAUUCCUGGGAUCGAUGAUCUCAUUUGGCCUUAACUUUCACUCGAAAUCAGGGACCGUGUCUGAUGGAACCUACAUCGCGUUUAUGUGCAUCAUGGCUGUAGGUUGUAGCUGUGCACUCGGCCUACUCAAGCCAUAUAACGUUAUCCGCGAAGACAACUCUCGUGCUGCAGUUGAUCGAAAGCCUCGAGUAUGGGAUGAGUUCAAGGCUACGCUGAAAGUUCUGAGGGACUGGAGAGUAGUUUCUCUAAUCCCAUUUUGGAUCACGGCAAACUACGCAUACAACUAUCAGCAAAACACUUUCAACGCUAAGCUAUUUACUAUCCGAACCCGUAGUUUUAAUGGCGCGAUGUAUUGGCUGGCGCAAAUGGGUUCAAGUUAUGUUUUCGGCCUCUUCCUCGAUAACAGAUCGAUGAACCGCCGUCAGCGUGGAAUUUGGGGAUUCGGAAUCACGGCUCUUAUCUCCAUGAUCGUAUGGGCAGGUGGCCUCGCUGCGCAGCUUAGGAGAGGCCCUAACAGCGAUUACUAUCCUCUUAACGAGAUGGACUUGAUUACCUCAGGAACUAAGUAUGCCGGUCCGUUCCUCCUCUACUUUUUCUAUGGUUGCUUUGAUGCAGUAUGGCAGACCCUUGUCUAUUGGACCAUCGGCUAUCUGUCACACGAAUCUCCCGAACAGGCCGCGCGCUAUGUGGGUGCGUUCAAGUGUAUGGAAGCCGUCGGUGGCGCGAUAGCAUCCAAAGUGAACUCCGAUAAGACGAACUACAACAUCGAGUUCGCAAUCGACUGGUCAAUUGUGGUUUUCUCGCUUAUCUGGGCUUUGCCAUUUAUGUGGAAAAUCGAAGAUCUUCCAGCGCAUGCUGGUAAUGAGGACGAAACUGAAUACGUGAAAGGACCGACAGAAGAGGCAGUGGGGCCUUGA